AUGGUUUUCUCAUUAUUUGUUGCAAUUUUACUCAUUCGUCAGUUUUUGGUGGUUCGAUCGGAAUUGAUAUGCGAUCCAACUGUAAAACCAAAACCAGACUUCCACUGCGACGAGGAUGCUAAAAAAUUAUAUACUGAUGGAAAAGAUGACGAAGGAAAUGCUAGACUUUUAUUCCACAGGUCUUUAGAUCAACGCAAAAGUAUUCGAGAUUACUACGACUCAAAAUUCUUCUGGACGAGAAAACGCAGAUGCGGUCGUCAUUGUUAUUACGAUGAAAUUUAUCCAGCCAAUUUAAGUGAUGAACUUGGCAGACAAUCUCUCUAUAAUUUGGAUAAAUUGUACGAUAUGACUUUCACAAAUUUUGAAGACAUCUUGACCGGCGUUGUUCACGGCACCAUUACUCGAGAUUGGAAAGAAGUUGGUGGUAUAGAAGAAGUACUUUGUGCUAAUGAUAACGAAAUGAAAAAGCUUUUGAGGGAGUCUUACGAGAAAAAUUUUAAAAUUAAAAUGGAAGAAGAUUUUAAGACAUUCAACAAGAAGACGCAGCGUAUCAGAAUGCUAUGCUCAAAUAUCGAAGUUCCUGAAUUCUGUUUUUCAUUACAGCCGGAUCGUUGUCAAGAUAAGAAAAUUUCUAAAGAACAAGCUGCAGAAGAAGCAAAAGCUCUUCAUGAUAUUGAUAUAGAGAACGAAAAGGAAAAAUUCAAGGAUAAAUUGAAAGAGUUUUUAAACAAGUAUUGCGAACCGGAUCUCAAACUUAUAUUCCAAGCUUACCGUAAGGAUGAUACUCAUGGCAUCGAUACAGAUGUAGAGAAAGUAUUUGAAGGCGAGGAAAGAAGAGUUUAUGACAUGAUAGUGAGAUACAUCGAAGAUACUUGUAAAUGCUACGCCGAUGAAUUACAUAAAGCAGUCAAAGGAGGUGGAUGUGAUUACGACAAAGUGCAUAGAAUAAUUUUAACUCGAUCUGAAAGGGACCUGAAGUGUAUACUGGACAAUUUCCGGAGCCGAAAGGACCAAACCUUCACAGAACGUUUGAAAGAGGAAACGCCGUUAGAAAAAUUAUAUUUAACGUCCAUUCGAUAUCUUUGCGGAAAUCCGGAAUGA